AUGGCGGCUCCACUAGGUGGUAUGUUUGCUGGGCAGCCACCGGGGCCCCCGCCACCCCCACAAGGACUCCCCGGCCAGGCCUCGCUGUUUCAAGCCGCGCCAGGGGCUCCCAGGUCCUCCAGUAAUACGUUGGUGGACGAGCUGGAGUCCUCUUUCGAGGCCUGCUUUGCUUCUCUGGUGAGUCAGGACUAUGUCAACGGCACCGAUCAGGAGGAAAUUCGAACUGGUGUUGAUCAGUGCAUUCAGAAGUUUCUGGACAUCGCAAGACAGGCAGAAUGUUUUUUCUUACAAAAAAGAUUACAGUUAUCUGUCCAGAAACCAGAGCAAGUUAUCAAAGAGGAUGUCUCGGAACUAAGGAAUGAACUGCAGCGGAAAGACGCCCUGGUCCAGAAACAUCUGACCAAGCUGCGCCAUUGGCAGCAGGUGCUGGACGACAUAAGUGCGCAGCACAAAAAGCCCGCUGACCUCCCGCAGGGCUCCUUGGCCUACUUGGAGCAGGCAUCGGCCAACAUCCCCGCACCCAUGAAGCCUACCUGA